AUGUCUCCCGUCGUCGCUCGGACGUUGCUGGCCGCCGUUCUCGCAGUGGUUGCCCUCGACUGGCUGAGAGCAGAAGCGGGAGUCGGGCCGCCAGCAAGAGGGAUCGAGCAGCGCUUCGCUCAGGAUGUCCUGAGCGUGUUCGGAGACAAUCGGACUCUCUCCUCCGGCCAGGUUAACCAAAUGCUACAGCGGUUGGGAGCCGCGCAUCGGCUGGAGAACUCGCUGCCGGGACUCUCGGAGCUGCACUUUAACCAGUGCAUGUCUGCUGAAGACAUCCUUUCUGUCCAUGGAAUGCCAAACAGCAGCAAGAUCACAGAUUCCAGCUUCUCCACAAUCUGUCCUGCUGUCUUACAACAGAUGAUUUUUCAUCCAUGUGAAAGGGCCCUGUCCAAAGGCAAUUCCAAGCCGACACCUGCAGAAGUUUGGGGCUUUGGUUUCCUCGCCGUGACUAUUAUCAACUUUGCAUCACUCCUUGGAUUGGUUUUAACUCCUCUUUUAAGGAAGCCAUAUUUUCCCAAGAUCUUAACCUACUUUGUAGGAUUGGCCAUUGGAACACUCUUUUCCAAUGCAAUUUUUCAGCUUAUACCAGAGGCAUUCGGAUUUGAUCCCAAGAUAGACAAUUACAUUGAACAAGCAAUAGCUGUGUUUGGUGGAUUCUACAUUCUCUUCUUUGUGGAAAGAGUUCUUAAAAUGAUACUGAAGACCUAUAGCGAGAUGGGCCACAGCCACUUUGACUCUGAAGAACUGAAACCUCCCCAAACUCUUCCUCUCCCCCCUGAAACAUUCAAACCCACUAAUGGAGCAGCUGUGUGCUACACAAAUCCAGCAGUAGCUGAGGCUAAUGGGACCCUGAAUUUUGACAGUCUCAGUGUGGUUUCUGGUCAGAAAGAAGAAACCCAAACCAGUUUGUGUAAUUGUUUCAAGGAACCUUCGCUGUCUGAGAUUGGAACAAUUGCUUGGAUGAUCACCUUGAGUGACGCUCUGCAUAACUUCAUUGAUGGACUCGCCAUUGGUGCUUCCUUCACGCUUUCUCUCCUCCAGGGAAUUAGCACAUCAAUAGCAAUCUUGUGUGAAGAGUUUCCCCACGAACUGGGGGAUUUUGUCAUUCUUCUUAAUGCAGGGAUGAGCACACGACAGGCCUUAUUUUUCAACUUCCUGUCAGCAUGCUCCUGUUAUAUUGGUCUGGCUUUUGGCAUCAUAGUGGGAAACAACUUUGAACCGAAUGUUAUCUUCGCCAUAGCUGGAGGCAUGUUCCUGUACAUUUCCCUGGCAGAUAUGUUCCCGGAGAUGAACGACAUGAUGAGAGAAAAAGUAACGGGGAGGAAAACGGAUCUAGCUUUUUUCCUGAUCCAAAAUGCUGGCUUGCUCACAGGGUUCACUGCCAUACUGCUGAUCACCUUGUAUGCAGGAAAUAUUGAACUGGAAUAAUAUAAUCCUGGAAAGAUACCUAGAAUAUUUUUUAAAAAUGGAAGAACUUUUGAAAAUCCAUAAAGGGACUUUGGAAGACUUCAAAGGGUUUGGUUCAACACCUGAUUUUUCUCAGCACUGGAAACAAAGCCUAAGCGGUUUGUUUGUUUUUUGACAGAGGCUUCAUCAACUCCAUUUGCAAGAAUCCAGUUACUUCUUAAAGGUGUGGAAGCUCAGACACCCAUGAGGGCUCUCCUUUGCCUGCAAGCGUUGCAUUGCUCAUUCUAAUGGAGACAUCUAUUUUCUUUGCAUUCUGACAAAUGCAGGAAUUUGGAGUGGGUCCU